UCAACUAUUAAUUUAUAGAACCCUAUAACGGCGUGUGUUUGUUGAAAUCGGAACAAAAAAAACCGACCAGCAGAAGAAAAAAAAUAAGUUUUAUUAAAUUUUCACGUAAUUUCAACCUGUAGAACUCCAAAGGCUUUUAUUCUUGAUUCGGUGUACAAUAUAUAAUUCCUUGCUUACCGGCGGGAUAGAAACAACAACAACAUGGCUGAGUAUUUGGCGUCCAUUUUUGGCACAGAAAAAGACAAAGUAAAUUGUUCUUUUUACUUUAAAAUCGGUGCUUGCCGCCAUGGAGAUCGCUGUUCGCGUAUACACAAUAAACCCACAUUUUCACAAACUGUAUUGCUGCAGAACCUCUAUGUUAAUCCACAAAAUUCUGCCAAAUCCGCAGAUGGCUCGCAUUUGGUGAAAAAUGUUUCGGACGAAGAAAUGCAAGAGCAUUAUGAUAAUUUCUUUGAAGAUGUGUUUGUUGAAUGUGAAGAUAAAUAUGGUGAAAUUGAGGAAAUUAAUGUUUGCGACAAUUUGGGUGAUCACUUGGUUGGUAAUGUGUAUAUUAAAUUUCGCCAGGAGGCCGAUGCUGAGAAGGCGGCCAAUGAUUUAAAUAACAGAUGGUUUGGUGGGCGACCGGUGUACUCAGAAUUGUCACCGGUAACUGAUUUUCGUGAAGCCUGUUGCCGCCAAUAUGAAAUGGGUGAAUGUACUCGUUCCGGGUUUUGCAAUUUUAUGCACUUGAAACCAAUUUCUCGAGAGUUGCGCAGAUAUUUGUAUUCACGUAGACGCCGUUCCCGUUCGCGCUCACGUUCACCACGCCGCAGACGUUCCCGCUCCCGUGAGCGCCGUGACCGUGAGAGGGACAGCCGUAGAGGACGUUACUGAUUGAAUCUUCCGCUGAAUCAACAAUAUGGAUUAGAUUUUCUAGAGGUUACUAUUAUUUCAUGAUCCCUUGGAAGGGAAGGAUUUCCUCAACCCAGCACUAACGAUUAAGUUAACCACCCGAAAAAAGAACUCAAUUCUUAUAUGUUUCAAUAUAUAUAUAUAGCUAUCUGUGUAAAAGAACGUAAUAAAGACCUUUUUAGUUUCACAAAAAGAAA